AUGUUCAUUCCAACUCUUCAAUCUCAAUGCGCUGAUGAUCAGAUGCAUUGGCUACAGCAGGCACUAUCCAGGCAGAUUAUCGGUACCUACGCACAGACGGAGUUGGGCCACGGUUCAAAUCUGAGAAAGCUGGAGACAACAGCUACCUAUGACGCGCAGACACAAGAAUUCCCCACGAGGACAGCAAUGAAAUGGUGGCCCGGAAACCUUGGCAAAAGUGCGAAUCAUGCUGUAGUGGUUGCCUGCCUGAUCAUCGACGGUAAAAACUUCGGUCCUCACAAUUUCAUCGUGCCGCUGAGGGAUCCUGAAACACACAUGCCUCUUAAAGGAAUCACUAUCGGAGACAUUGGCCCAAAAAUGGCUACUGGCCCAAUCGACAAUGGCUUUCUCAGCUUUGAUCAUUAUCGUAUUCCAAGAAAGAAUAUGCUUAUGAAGCACGCCAGAGUAACGCCUGAUGGCAAGUAUGCUCGUCCACCACAUGCUAAGAUUGGCUAUUCAGCGAUGGUGCAUGUUCGUGCUUACAUGAUCUCCGACCAGGGAAGGUUCCUUGCUCAGGCCCUCACCACCGCCAUACGAUACUCAGCAGUUCGACGUCAGGGAGAGAUUAAACCCGGAGGAGGAGAAGUGAAGAUCCUCGAGUACCAAACACAGCAGCAUCGCCUCCUGCCACAACUUGCUCGAGCUUUUGCCUUUGUUUUCACUGGACAAGCUGUUAGGGACAUAUAUUUGAGGGUGCGGAAGGAUGUCUUGAAAGGAAAAGUGGAUGAAAUGGCCGAACUGCACUACAUAACGUCAGGUCUCAAGGCGGUGGUUACCCAUUUAGUCGGUCAAGGUAUUGAACAGGCUCGCAUGAGCUGUGGUGGCCAUGGAUAUUCGAAAGCUAGCAAUAUACCGGAUCUCUACGGUACCUCAUGCGAGCAGCCGAAGCAGCUCAGAAAGGACGAUCUCUUGGAAGACUCGUUGACUACCUUGUGGAACCUAGCGAUAGACAAUUCAACAAUCGAUCGUCAAUCAUGCUACGAUUACAGUGCCCACUUGAAGGCAUUUGACAAAGCAGCUAAACUUCAAGUGAUGAAGGCAUACGAAAGGAUGCGAGCACUCACAGCUCGUGGUCUAUCGCAAGAAGACGCGUGGAACGCCAACGCUGUUGAACUGAAUCGGGCCGCUCGAGUUCAUACUCGUCAGUACAUUGCCCACAAAUUCCAUGAACACGUGAAUUCGGUCACUGACGGACCGUGUCGUGAAGUACUUCGUGACCUUCUCCACCUCCACUUCAACUAUGAACUCUUAGAUAUGGCGUACUACCUCCUCGAGGAUGGCUACUUGUCGGGCCAACAAAUGGAUUAUAUGAAAGAGGAUAUGUAUCGACUUCUGGCAAAACUUCGGCCAAAUGCCGUCUCAUUGGUGGACUCGUGGGAUGUGUCCGAUCACGAGUUAAGAUCGGUCUUGGGUCGAAGGGACGGCCAUGUAUACGAAAAUUUGUAUAAAUGGGCACAGGCGAGCGAACUCAAUCGAACUCAGGUACUUGCAACGUUUUGA